AUGACAUAUGCAAAUGACAAGUCAUGCGCCAAUAUCAUCGGCGUAAUAGCAGAUACCAUCCGUGAGAACACUGCCGUUAAAGUAUCAUCAGCCCAGUACAUCUCAUUCAUGAUCGAUGGAGACACCGACCUGUCUGUCAAGGAGUGCGUGAUUGUGUAUGUCCGCAUCCUGCUUGACGGACAACCCACGACCAUCCUCAUCGGGCAUGUUGAGGUGGAACAUGCUAAUGCUGAUGGAAUCUAUGCAGCCUCCAAGUCAGCAUUUGCUGGUCUUGGGGACUCGUGCCACAACUGGAUGCAGAAGACAGUGGCUAUGGGAGCUGAUGGAGCAGCUGUGAAUCUUGGGAAGAAGGGAGGUGUAUCAGUGAAACUCCAAGAGGAGGCAGGAAAGCAUAUCAUCCCAUUUCACUGCAUGCCUCAUAGAUUGGAGCUUGCCCUACUCUCUGCUCAGAAGGAUUCACCUUGGGUAGGCAAUGUGUACAACCUGCUCCACUUAAUUUGGAAGACCUAUCACUUCAGCUCUAAAUCCAGAAGGGAAUUAAAACGCCUUGGAGUCGAACUGGGUGUAUCGGUGAACAAUCCAGGUGGUGUCAAGGGCACAAGAUGGUUGCCACAUGUGUCCAGGGCAUUGGAUGUGCUCCUGAAGCAAGAGAAGAAGGAGGGGACCCUGGAAGAUUCUGGGCAGUACACAGCAGUAUAUGCUCAUAUGGACCACCUGGCUGCUUCAUCAACAAAUGCUGAUAUAGCUGGCAGAGCAAAGCAUAUCAAGGAGACAAUGGAGGAUGGCUCAUUUCUGGCUUUCUGCCAUUUCUUGGCAGAUUUAUUUUCUGCCAUCAGUAAAUACAGCUUGUUACUUCAAAGAAAUGAUGUGAUCCUCCCCCAGGUCAGGAGAAACAUGGAAUGGACACUUCAGUAACCAAAGCAGUCAAAUGUUUUCACGUGUUCAACCAUGAUGUUUGGCCAGAGACAGCAGAGGAGUUGGUUGAUUAUGGAAUAGAGGAGGUGACUUUCCUGUUGGACCAUUUUCAACAUGUACUGGAAAGGUUAAUAUUCAAAAUACAGACUUCUGAUUGUUUGUGUUAAAAGCUUUAACAUUAAAAAACCAACCAGUGACACUUGGAUUGUAUUUCAUUAAGGAACGGCUGUGACUGUGCCCUUGCCAUGGAGGAGUUCCAGACCUUGAAAACCCUAGUGUUCAUGUCUUUUAAAGACAAGAGCUAUCACAGGUUAUGGGAAGUCCUUCUAACCAAGGAACCCUAUUCCUCAGAUUUACAGGUAGGCUAAGCAAAUUAAUGUCACAGUAGUUAGAUUAUCAAUGUAUUUUAGGCUAAAUACUUCUACCCUGACAAUGAAAUUAAAAUUAUUUUUAUUUCAGAACA